GCCAUCCAGACAAUUCAGUAGGGGGAAAGUUGUCGGCUUGGCUCAUAUGUCUACGGCUUGGAUGACUUCACUUCCGGUGCCUUUGCGGAAAUAGCUUGACCAAAGAACAGCUACUUCCGCCUGUAGCUGCCUGUCUUGACACAUCAAAAUGACCGCCACCUUGCGACCCUACCUGAAUGCGGUGCGUGCCACCCUGCAGGCCGCCCUCUGUCUGGAGAACUUCUCCUCGCAGGUGGUGGAGAGACACAACAAGCCAGAGGUGGAAGUACGGAGUAGUAAAGAACUCCUCCUCCAGCCUGUCAUCAUCAGCCGCAACGACAAGGAGAAAGUUCUCAUUGAGGGAUCCAUCAACUCGGUCCGAGUCAGCAUCGCCGUCAAGCAGGCGGACGAGAUCGAGAAGAUUCUCUGCCACAAGUUCAUGCGCUUCAUGAUGAUGAGAGCUGAGAACUUCUUCAUCCUCCGGAGGAAACCAGUGGAGGGUUACGACAUCAGCUUCCUCAUCACCAACUUCCACACGGAGCAGAUGUACAAACACAAGCUGGUGGACUUUGUCAUCCACUUCAUGGAGGAGAUCGACAAGGAGAUCAGCGAGAUGAAACUGUCGGUCAACGCCCGAGCUCGCAUCGUCGCGGAGGAGUUUCUCAAAAACUUCUAAGCGGGAGAUCCCAGGAGGCAACAUUCCACUCUUGGCCUUGACUGCUGCCAAGAAGACAAAUAUAAACCAUGUACAAAUGUACAUUUAGUACUUCUCUAAUCCACGCUGAUGAGCACACGCUACUUUGGCUACUUUGGCUACUUGGGCUAAUUUGGCUACUUUGGCUACUUUGGCUAAUUUGGCUACUUUGGCUACGUUGGCUGGGUUUUUCUCUUCCUCGCUAAUUGUUUUUAUUCCUGUUUUAUUGUGCUGGGGGGGGGGUUCAUUUGGUGCACGACUUUCAU